CUCAGAAAAGGAACUGAUGAAUGAAAAGAAGAAAAAAUGGGCUACUGAUCAAAUGGAUAUUAAUUAGAACGAUUGGCAAAAUGGCUGAUAAAGCAAUAAAAGUGGAAGAGCCCACACACUACAAGCAACUGCACUUUGAUGAAAUCACCUUCGUUUAGAAUGUUUUGUUUUCCCAUUGUAGUACUCUCGACGACAAGAGUUUCAUGAAGAAAAUCAAGCGUGCACGACUUACUUGUUGGUCAAAAUCAUGAAUGAACCCGAGAGUAGACCCCAUGGACAGGGAACUGCCGUGCAGAACAAGCAAGUGAUUAAAAAACGACUACGUCGAUCUGAAAAUGAAAUAAGGAGACUUGAUCCUUUUUCUCUUCGUUCUUAUCCUCCGGCACAGAAGGAGUUGAGAGAGAGAAAUAGAGGGAGAUCAGAAUGGAAGAGGAACAAUUGGACUAUGUGCUGGUACCAUUGGGUCUCUUAGUUUUUGGAGUAUACCACCUCUGGUUUGUCUUCACUAUCCUCCACUUUCCCAGACGAACCGUUAUUGGUCUUAAUGCUGAGAUUCGCCGCCUAUGGGUCUCUUCCAUGAUGACUGACCCCUUGAAUAAUGGUGUUUUGGUAGUUCAAACAAUUCGCAAUAACAUUAUGGCAUCUGCACUAUUAGCAACAGCAGCAAUUACUCUCAUUUCAAUAAUCAGUGUAUUUGUCAGUAGCACAUCAGAAGCUAGCAACAUAUCUUCAAAACUGGUUUAUGGCAAUCAAACUUCUUUGAUCUCUUCAAUCAAGUACCUUUGCAUCUUGCUUUGUUUCCUUCUUGCCUUCCUUUUCAAUGUGGAAUCCAUUAGAUACUAUUCCCAUGUUAGUUUCUUGUCCACUCUGUCUACUUCAAAAAACAAUCGUGUGUCCAUUGAGUAUGUGGCAAGAAACUUGAAUCGAGGAAGCCACUUUUGGUCCCUCGGAUUGCGAGCAUACUACUUGUCAUUCCCUCUCUUCCUCUGGAUUUUUGGGCCAAUUCCCAUGUUUGCUUGUUGUUGCCUAAUGUCAAUUCUUCUGUAUUUUUUAGACACAACUUCUAGUUUUACACAACAUCUUCAUUCACAGUCAAUGAAACAAGAUAGCAGCAGCAAUGUUAUGGAAUAAGCUGGUUGAUCAUCCUAAGUUCUGUUGAAAACUACCCAAUGUUGUUGUAAUUAGUAAAUGUUUGUUAAAAUUUAAGAUAGCUAUCAAUGUAUAAUGUAAAGUUAUAGAAUUCUAUAUGGAGAUAUGUCAUGUGUGGAUUCUUUUGGUUAGAAAAUGCAGUUUGAAAACUUCAAAUCAGGAACUCUUGUUAUGUAUGGCUUGUAACUUGUAUCAAUAGGUUGGAACUUUUAUUCAUGCCUAGAAAUUCAAUGGUAAAUUUUGUCUUA